AUGCCUGAAGUCAUUCGCGGGAGCCUUGCGCUGGAUCGGGCGUCUUUUUCUCAGCCUAUAGUCCAUUCCGAAUCACAACCAGAACCAUUAUCACCAACGAGUCCUAUUGAACGACCACGAGUAACCUUUGACCAAAGCCGCGACGUCACGACCACCUCCCUCCCUACUAUUCAAACACAAACCUCUCCGGCCCCCCGCCGUACAGUCUCCAUCCGCCGGCACUCGUCCCACAACCAGAGACGAACCCGCGAUCUCGAUGAAGAAGAACGCGAUGCUUAUUACGACAGCAGAGCAGCGACUCAACGAGAGUACCGCCGGCGCGGAAGCACACUGCAAUCCUACUACCACCAACACCCCGAGCUCCUGCCCCAGCUCCCCUUCACCUUUCGCCACGGCUUCAAGCGAUGGAAGUUAGCCGGCUACAUCUCGCUCAUGGUCUUUGACGCCUGCGUCGUGCCCAUUCUCCUUUUCUACUCCAUGACAUACGGCGGGAACGUGGAAGGCUAUAUCACAUUUGCCGUCGUUACCGCCAUCUGGGGUGGUCCCACAUACGUCGAAUUUGCGGUGCGAAGUAUCCGGCUCAUCAAGAAGAAGCGGUUCUUUAAGCCGCUGGGCACGAAUCAGAGAUGGGCGUUUGAUAUCACGAAUUGGAUACUGGUGCUUACUAUUACGGUGGUGACUACGUUGCUGAUUGUGGGCGCGGCGCCGCAUAUUGUGUUCUUGAGAGUACUAUCGAUGCCGGGGCCUGCUAUCUUGUUUUGUUUUGCUGGACCGAUCUUCUUGAUGAGUUUGUAUAGUACUUAUGGAUGGAAAGCGCCGUUUCGGAUCAGUUCGACGGCAAAGGGAGAGAAGGUCCAUCCGGGUAUCUUUUAUAUUGUGGAGGAUAUCGUGGCUGUUAAUGCGGGAGGUGGAAGGCCAUUCCGGGAGGGUUGGGCUGCUAGGUAUAAUGCGAGUCCGGUAUUCAGGAAGAUGAUCCGAGACCUGUCGUGGUUCUGGUCUAUUCCUGGACUGAUAGUUGCUGUGGCAUGUACGGUUGUUGUCUGCAUACAUCCUGUUCCCAAGGCGGUUGUGUAUGGUAUUGGAUGGGCGGUUCCUUUCAUUUGGGCGGGAAUAUGGGCGGCUAUCACCGUACCAUGGGUACAAUCCGUCAUGAAAUACGAAAGGAAGAGCUGGGAAGAAGACGCCACAAUACUCGGAGAAGUCAAGGGGGAGACCGACCCAUCGCAAUCUUCUACUUUAGGUGGGAAACCAGAUGAGGAUGUUAAUACACCGAGAGAGCCUACGACGCAUGAUGGAGGAGAGAGUGCCCCUCCGCCUUCCGCAGGAAUGGGAACGACUGUUCAAACCGCGUAA